AUGUCCAGUUCAACCGGCUGUGUUUCAAGCCAAGUGAGGACAGCUUGCACGCAGGUGGAGUAUUAUUUGUCGAACGAGAACUUGCAGCAUGACAGAUUCUUUCGGGAUCUGAUUGCCGAGGAUUUCGGCUGGAUCGACAUGGACCCCAUUCUGCGAUGCAAUAAGAUCAAAAGCUUGGGCAUCUCCCGAGAAGAUCUCCUUGAAGCACUUCGGUGCUCGGAGCUUCUGGACGUUCAGAACGGGCGCGUCCGUCGAAAAGCACCGUUCAGACCGGAUGACAUAGGACAUGCAGAAGGACGUGGAGGAAGGAAAGGCGACACCAAAGGAGGCAAAGGAGAAACCAAAGGAAACCCAGGAGGCGGCAAAGGAAGGAAAGAGAUGCAGGUUCCUAUCUAUGACCCUGCUGGACCUUGUGGAUACUUCAUGGCUGGAUACUGCCAACAUGGAAAGAAGUGCUUCCUUCAGCACUCUGUGCCAUACGCUAUGGCCAUUCGGGACGAAUGGCUACAUGCCGGUGAGUCGGGACCUCGGAAAGCGUUGCAAGCUGCAGCGGUUGAAGUUCUGGGAGAAGAUGCAGCAAGUCCGUUAUUUCCUCGAGUUUUUUCUCACAAGCUUCAAUGCAAGGCUCUGGCCACGGCAGGGGCAGAUGACCAGAGCCUGUCAGAUUUAGGUUUUGAGUGGAGCACAGAGGAUGCCACCAAAGAGCUUGCUGAGAAGAAAAGCCGUUGGACUCGACAUUCAAGGCGGAAUGAUCAGCCCUUUGAAAAUCGACUGCAUGGAGCACCCCAAAUACACUAUUUUCUGAUCUUCGAUCUUGAAGGGAAGCAUGAGAUCAUUGAAUUUCCUGUGCUACUGUUUGAUGCAGUUGCAGGCCGUGAGAUCGGCCGCUUCCAAAAGUUUGUCCGCCCCACUGAUCUCUUCAAAGGUUGCCAGCUGAUUGAGACCCCUGCAGUUCCAUUUCCUGCUGUCCUGGAAGAGUUCAAUCGCUGGCUAGAGGGGAUGGUUGGGAAAGGUUUGCAAGCGAUGGGGCAGGACUCGUCUGACAUGGUGUUCGUGACCUGUGGUGAUUGGGAUUGCAAACACGUUUGGACCCAAUGCCAGAUUUGCGGCGUGCCUGCUCCAAGAGCCUUCUCACAGUGGAUCAACAUCAAAAGAACUUAUGCCAACACCUUUGGAGGUGACUUCCGAGGAAUGAAGAGCAUGCUUUCCAGGCUUCGAAUGCUUGACAAAGAUGGCAACCCCAAGCACGGAUUUCACCACUUGGGCAUGCAUGAUGUUGAAAACAUCACUCGCUGCUUGGUCCACUUGGUGGAGCAAGGCACCCAGCUUGAAGUAGUUCACCUCCAAGGCAAGCUACCCAUAGAUCCCUGUCGCCUAGAGGAGCUUGUUGCUGCACGCCUCAGCAAAUGGGUGUAUUGCACUGAUGGUAUUUCUGAGCCGAUCCCGGACCUUCCUGGUGUGUCACUUUCUGCUGGAUGUGUUAGCGAAGAGCUACAGACUGGGAGCGUGAAAAUGGCGCUGGUCACAGCAGAGCUCCCAGGUGACCACAAGACGCUGUUCGUCAUUUUCAAGGGGACCUCCUACUUGCUGGAUGUAGUGAACUGGAAUAUGGAGCACGACUACGAAGUGAUCGGAGAUGGAAACCAUUUCAUGCACAAGGGAGCUGCCGGAAUCAUGAGGAAUAUCGUCUUCAUGAAAGUCCGGCCGUCCUCAGACUUCGCCAGAAGACUUGAGCAGGCGUACAAAGAAGGGGUGCGCAACAUCGUUUUGGCUGGACACUCGCUUGGUGGCAUGUAUGCCAUGGCUGGCAUGUACUUUGCUUUUCAGGAGCUGCAAAUUUUACUGCCAGACCGCUGCCGUUUGCGUGGGGAUGCCCGAAAGCUGCUGCGAACAAUCCGCUGCGUCACAUUUGGAUCGCCAAUGUGCUUUGGUGCUGACUCUGAAGAUCGUGAUGAGAAGUUUGCCAGGUUUGAGGAAUUUGCCCGGGAGCGAUGCGUGAAUUUCAUCAACGCAGGCGACCCAUGCCCCCGGGCCUGGUCUGCAGUAAGCCCUCGAGAUGUCAUUCGUGAAGCGGCCGAGUACAUGAAAGAGCAAGCCAAGGAGAGGAAUAUGGUCAGUGGACGAAUUGCUGCCAAAGUGAUUCAUGCGGCAACCAGUGCCUUGCUGGCUCGACAAGACACAGAUCAUCUCGUUGGCUCCUCACAGGGCUUCAAACACCUCUCCACAAUUCGCUUGCUCACCCGUGAGGAUAAAGAGCACAUUCAUUGGCAACGAGACUUCUCUUUGGCGCCACGGGGGUUUGGAGACCAUUCAAUGUCUGAGUACUGCGAUCUACUUUUUGAUGCUUGCUACGCCACCGAGCCAAGCUGCCACAUGUAUGACGAGUUUGGAACCAAGCUGGUGGUCACCCGCAUCAGGCCAAGCUUCGUGGCCCGGUACCAGAACACAUGGCCCGAGAGCCUGGAGGUAGAAGUGGAUUGGGACGAAUUUGAAGAUGAAAGAGAUAUUUUGUCAAAGCUGCCUUUAGACCAGCUUUUGAAGGAGGUGAGGGUGCCUCCUCCCAAAAUAGAUCCAGCGCCCCUGCAUUUGCUUGAUGCAAGCCGCCGGUGCAUGUCUCCUCGUCAUUUGACCAGAUCCUCCGUUCUGGUUCAUGUCUACAAUCUCAAUGAAACCUUUAUGCAAGCAAACAGAGUGUUAGCAGUGGCCGGUAGUGGCGCUUUUCAUGCCGGUGUGGAAAUCUUUGAUUGGGAGUGGUCUUAUGGCAUCUUUGGUGUCAGAAAGACUAUUCCAAGGAACCAGACGCGGCACAUCUACAAGUGUAGCGUUUUUCUUGGGGAUUCAGAAGUGGGCCAGGCGGAAUUUGUAGAGCUGUUGAGAGAGUGCUUUCAAGACUUCAUGGGUGAACACUAUGAGCUCGUGGGGCACAACUGCUGCACUUUUGCACGGGCAUUGGUUCGCAAGUUACAGGUUCGAGCCAUGCCAUCGUGGGUUGACCGGCUAGCACGAGGCUUGAAUUUUGGUGCCAAGGCCGCUCGCGUAGCAACACGUCCCAUGAAGCAGGCAGCUGCAUUAGGCGGCCGCAUGUUGCGGAUGGGUAGAGGUGCAGGAUCAGAAUCGGAUGAUGAUGAGGAUUUGACAGACCUCCCAUCCCCCGUUCUCCAGGACGGCAUUCCGGGUCAAAUUGCAACCGCAAUGCCUCAGCCCUGUGCACAACAGCAACAACAGCCUGGCUUUGCCAUUGCGAAGCCUCAGCUGGCUACUGGACCACCACACGUACCGGCAAAUGGUGGCGUGCGGGACAACACUGCGGGACCGUUCCCGGCCUCAGCUCCUCAUGGUCCCACGCUGCCUUUGCAACAAAAGCAUCCUGAGGCACUGGCGCGAUCUGGCGAACAAGUUCAGGGCAGCUUGCCAAGCUCCAAGGUAGAAGUCGAUGGGGACGAAUCUGAAGAUGAAAGUGACAUUUUGGCUCAGUUACCUCCAGAUCAGUUGUUUGAGGAGGUGGUGACGACGCCCCCAGAAACAGAUCCAGCGCCCCUGCACUUGCUUGAUGCAAACCGCAGGCGCAUGUCCUCCCGUCAUUUGACCAGAUCCUCCGUCCUUGUCCAUGUCUACAAUCUCAAUGGACCUUUUAUGCGAGCAAACAAACUGCUCGCGGUCACUGGUAAUGGUGCUUUUCAUGCCGGUGUGGAAAUCUUUGAUUGGGAAUGGUGCUAUGGCAUCCAUGGCGUCAAAAAGACCAUUCCAAGGAAACACCCGCGGCACAUCUACAAGUGUAGCGUUUUUCUUGGGGAUUCAGAAGUGAGCCAGGCGGAAUUUGUAGAGCUGUUGAGGGAGUGCUUUCAAGACUUCAUGGGUGAUCACUAUGAGCUCGUGGGGCACAACUGCUGCACUUUUGCACGGGCAUUGGUUCGCAAGUUAAAGGUUCAAGCCAUGCCAUCGUGGGUUGAUCGGCUAGCACGAGGCUUGAAUUUUGGUGCCAAGGCCGCUCGCGUAGCAACACGUCCCAUGAAGCAGGCAGCUGCAUUAGGCGGCCGCAUGUUGCGGAUGGGUAGAGGUGCAGGAUCAGAAUCGGAGGAGAAUGAGAACAUGACAGAUCUCCCAAGUCAUUUUCCCGACCCAGGUCAAAUUGAAACUGGAAUGCCUCAGCCCUGUGCACAAGAGCAACAACAGCAACCUCCAGCGCUCCCUGCGCAGUCUGGCUUUGCGAAGCCUCAGCCGGCCACUGGACCGCCAUACAUACUGGCGAAUGGUGGUGUGCAGGAGGACAACACUGUGGGGCUAUUCCCGGCCUCAGCUCCCCAUGGUCCCAUGCUGCCUUUGCAACCUGUAAAGUAUCCCGAGGCGCAUGGCUAUGUCCAACAAAGACAACCAGCACCCCAGUUGCAACAGGCGAUGGUACCCCCAGUAGUGUAUGUGCCAGCUUCAGGCGCUCCAGUGUAUGCAACGCCAUCAGGCCCAUGCAUAUACAUUGCCCCUGGCCAGAUGUACCCAGGGAAUGCGUACCCAGUGGCACCUAGACAACCAGGCUUCCGAUAA